AUGCCGGCGAUGUCCACGCAUGGGCUGUACAGUGGGUCACGACAACGACGACAUGUGUCAUACACGGCUAGUUCUCGCCAACAGCCAUCUCAGGAACAUCACACGCCUCCCACGUACGUCGAUCUCUUCGCCGGCAUUGGUACAUCCCAUCUAGUGCUGAAGGAGAAUGGGCUCAAGUGCGUAUAUGCCAAUGAACCGGAUCCCGAAAGGCGGUUCGUCUUUGAGCGCAACCACGCCUCUGAUAUGAUACUUGACACCCGGGACAUCAACCUAGUUCCUCUGCAAGACAUACCAAGUCACGAACUCCUGAUCGCUUGGCGGCCUCUCCGGCAAGCAGAAUCGCGACUGGACAAUCUCGAAGCCCGGCGGACCAGGAUUUUCGAGAUAGUGAGAGGCAAAAGACCCCCUAUUGUUCUGAUCGGUGGUAGCCAGAUUAGCUCGGGGGCGUACCAAAAUUUCGUGAAGCCGCCGGGCAGCCGCGCUGCAUCUUACAACUUUGCGGCACAGACGACGCAGGAACUGGAGGCACUGGGGUACCGGAGCACGUUUACCUUUUACGACCACGCUGGGUUUGAUCUGCCGCUAAGUCGACAGAACCUGUUCAUUGUCGGUGUUCGGGCGGACCAGAAUGUACGAUUUGAAUUCAAGCCUCCACCGCGUCAACUCUCGGGGCUCGGGCUUCACAGAUGUCUUCUAUCCCACGAGGAACUUCAGCAAAUAGAAGGCACACUGAAGUUGGAGAGCCAGCUAGUCGAUGGCGUGGAGGUACUGCAGCCCCACAGCUCUGCUGGAAGGAUCGUCGAGUUGAACUGGACCAACCUCGAUGUCCUACCUGAUAACCGUCUCCGAAGCUCACAUAUUCCCCUCGGGUUUGCCAAGUCCCUGAGUACAGGCAUGCAAAGAGAUCGGUACCUCGUUCCAGGUCCGGAUGGCAAGCCGAUGCAGGUUAGCGACAGUGCUCCUCCGCCAAUGCUGGACUGGAUCGUGAAAGCAUUGAAGGAACAAUUUCCUCACAUCUUGGCGAGCAACGAGAAUCGCAUGCAGAAAGAUGUAGCCCAUCCCCAAAUGGAUGCGCAGACGACUGCCUAG